AUGGCUGAAGAAGAGGAGCCAGGACAGCCUGGCCCGGAGCCAUCCCGACCUACGGUGCGUGGCUCGUCCACUUGGAGAAAUCUCAUCCGGCGAAACCUUCAGCAGACCCAUGAUAAAGUGUUAGACCAUGGAAGGCUAGACCCGUAUAAAAUCUUCAAAGAGGAGGAAAUCAAGGACUUUUACUCCGGCCACUCACCCCAUCCUGAUCGAAUGAUAGACAAUCAGAUCUUUGCUAAAUGGGCUAUUGAGGAAGCCCUGCGUGAAUAUUUGCCCGAUACCCCUUUCGAAAUAACUGGGGGAAUUAUGCAGGGUAAAUCUGUCAAGAUGAGUACCAGCAAGCAAAAGGCCCUCGAGAAAAUUACCGAGACCAUUAAAGCCGAAAGCCAGCGUGAAAUAGAUGCCGAGGACCCAAACAGCCCCAAAGAGACCGACAGUGAGGUUGUUCAGGAAGUUGGAACGAUAGCGCAGUGCAUAAUUGCAGCAUCUCCCAAUAGCCUUGGGCCCCCGAUCGAAGCCAGCGCCAUGUAUCUGCGAAUGGAGAAAUGCGGCGAAUACGGCCGGAAUAAGUUGGCAAUUUGGCGAUCACCUCUAUUCCCUAAACUAGAUGGUGAGCAGGGUCGUAGAGGCUUUCUAGACAAUCAAAUUACGGCAAUCGUCUGGAUAUUAUCGAGAUUCUUAGGAGAGCUUCCACGACUUAAGAUAAAGCGUAAAGAGCUUUGGGAUGAGACCAAGAAAAGAUACAUCCAAGAACCUGAAACGCGGAUCGAGAAGGACAACAGAGAGAAGCUUCGCGGCCCUAAGUAUUUCGGUGGGAUCCUCGCGGACUCGAUGGGUCUUGGAAAGACUUUGACUACUAUCGCUACUCUAGAUAUUCUAGCAAGUCAGAGGCUAAACGUGCCGGUCGAAGACGGCAAACCGCGAUACCGUCCUAUUCUAAUCCUAACACCAAAUACCACUGUUGCUACACAGUGGAUGGAUGAAAUCGAUAUGAUUGGAAGUAAGCGUGGCAUUAAACAAAUAAUUAUAUCUGGACAUGGCUUCCAAAAAAGAGACGAUCAGGUCAGAGUCUGCAGUCUCACUCGCAAGGAAUUUGAUAGGAACUGGCCGAAUUCGUUGAACUACGUCUGGGAUGAAGAUAAUUUUAUGGCAGCCAAGACUGUCAUUAUCAUGUCCAUUGAUGCUUUCUCCGGGAGAACGUGCUCGGUUGUAAAGGACGAAAUAGGUAACGAGACAUGGAAUUCUACCUACACAGACAUGGGCCGACGGUUUUCCGUUGUAGUUGUCGACGAAGCCUACAAGGUCCGGAACACGGCGACAAGGAACUGGAAGUCUGUGGCUCUCCUUAAACGCCAAUUUACCCUUUUAUUGACAGCUACCCCGUGCCAGAACCAUAUAGCAGACCUCAUGGGUCCUAUUCAGAUGCUUUGGGAUAACCCACAAGAGCACCUACGCGAGAAAAAGAUGUUAGAUGGUGUCCAAGCAGUAUUUACAACUCCUCAUGAUUUACGACGUCUUGACGACAUAUCACCUAGAGAUGACCGCUACCUUAUCGCGGGGAGCCCGGCUUUACUAGCAAAGCUGAUCUACAGGUUCAGGGGAUCCUCUGCUGUCGACAUCCAGGAGACUCGAAAGUUUUUGAAGUACUACGAAUCAUUAGCGAUUUUGCGAAGAGCGCCAAGUUCGCGAUUGGACGUCGAUUGGGAGAGUACUAACCAAAUUUCUUUGGACGGAUUACUACCUACCGUUGAUAACUACACAGUCAACAUCCAACGCGACGAAGCUAUAGAGAAGGAAUACCAGAAAAUACAUAUAAAUUUACUUAUCGAGUACCUGAAAACAGUCAGUAGCUGGAGGAAAACUAACAAAGACGCUGAAUUGAAGUCGGUACUCUCCUUGCACCGUCUAUUCCAGCUCGCAGCCGCUUCUCUUGAUGUGUAUCAGCUGGAUAAGCUCUUUACAUUGAACGGAUUUGGCACUUACUCCCAGGACGUCCAUACCAUGCGCAAAGCGAAUGUUAACUUCAAGCAUCUCGCUCCGUUUCUCCUUGGGACGCACGAAUCAAAGCCCAAAGUGGCACUGGAUUAUAUCAAGUUAGCGGUGCGCAAGUCGCCUAUCUUGCGAUACAUCCUCCAUUACAUCAAGGAGAACCUCUUAGAUAGGGGUCCGAACGGCAAGAUCAAGAAGCUUUUAAUUACCGAGGCAAGUCCUAUGUUAGCAUACUACUAUGAGCUUGUCCUCCAGUUCCUUCUCAUCCAUUGCCGUACCCUCCAUGCUGGUCUAUCAUCUGAGGAACGCAGAGAGCUCAUCGCCGAUUUCAAUGAUGACUCGGAUCAUUCAUGCCAGGUUCUGAUACAGAUGUACACCGUUGGCUUCGCGGGGUCAAACCUGCAUAAGAAUUGUUCACAGGUCAUAGUCGCAUCGCAGGCUUUCAGCCUUUCUGUUCAGUCCCAAGCUGUACACCGGGUUAUUCGAGUCGGUCAAGAAUCCGACGUAAAGGUACACAGAUUGAAGGUCAACAAUUCCUUCCAUUCAUUCCGCGAGAGCCGACAGGUCGAGAAGAUUCUUCCUGAGCUAGGAACUCGAGCACAGGGCUCAAUGAACGACGUCCUAGUACAGGUGCUUAACCUCUUUCAAUCCGAGAUCGACGAAGUGUGGAAGACACCAGAGGCUCAGAAGCUCAUAGCGGACAAGAACUUAAUCUCCAAUCCUAUGGCAAAUAACGAAGAGCCGGACUCCAAGCGGAUCAAACUGGAGGAUGGAAGCGCUGUGCAGACUGGAGCGGCCCAGGAGAAUUCUAUUGUGCGCAUUAAACUGCCGUUUAAGAAAAAGCGCAAGAGAAAUGAGGAUGAUGUCUCGACUACCGAUCUAUUUGGGGGACGACGGGGGGAUUUUCUCGAUCUCAAGUCUCGCUCUGACUAUUACAAGGAAUACAAAGAAUUUCCCAUGGAGGUGAGGGGCUACUUCUGCCACAAGAAGAACAAUCUUCGCAGGAUGCUAUCUUACGGCAGCGAAGGCAAUAAUGCGACUAGACGCGUAUGGGAGGUUGAGGAUCUUAACGACUCUCCUGUACUCGAGAGAGCCAUGGAACUUAUACUACGCAUUCGGCUCGGGGCGAACAACAUUGAGAUGCUACCUCUGCCGCAAAUCGACUUCUCGCUGGCCCCUCCGACGAAGCUAAAGGUGCUCGCGGGCCUACUAAGCGAAACCGAGGUCACAGAGCAGGAUAUCCAAGCCGCACAAGACGCGGACGCAAAGAAGCCAAAGAAAGACAAGGGCUUGGCCGUUCUAAAAGUAAUGAACGACAGGAUGCCCAUGCGUGAGCUUGAGCAGAUGCUUAAGGACAACGCUUUUGGCACUAAACAUAGUAAAAAGCCUCGGGAUGCUUUUACGGUGCCUGGGAUGAUUAGUGAGGACUCCGAGGUAGAGGACUCGGAAGAAGAUGAGCUUACAUUUCUGAACUCCCGGCCAGUCGGCAAGGCCAAGGACUCAUCUCAUAACUCAAGCGACCUCACAAACAACGAACCCACUAGGACCCAGAUCAAGCGGGAGGAUUCGGUCGAUGGCAUGACGACCUUUCCAGACGAUGGCGCGUCCAGGCGCAGAAUCAAGGAGGAGAGCCCCGAUGGAGGCGUGAACGAUCUGGCUAGACCGUCCGGCAGCCUCACUACGAAUACGCACGAAUCGAUCGUGAUCGAGGUCAGCGACGACGACUAA